AAGGCUAACUACAAUUCCCGGCAGGCUUUGCACGGGGCUCUCGGCGCGCAGGCGCAGACAGCUGUCUUCCCGCUGAAGGCCAGGCCGCAGCCUCCUGACGCCGAAGUGGGGACGGUUUCUUCUUAAAGGAGAAACAGCGGCGGCGCGCGUGGUGGGCCCCGGUUCUUCUGUGGCUUUCGGAGAGAGCGCACGGGUCCGGGAGGCGCAGGCGCAGUCUGGGCAAAGGCGGGUUGGGGCGUGCAGGCCCCAGACGCAUAUGGCUUCUCCGGUGGCCGAUGCAUCCCGCCGGCGGCGGGAGAAGCGCAGGCAGCUAGACGCGCGCCGCAGCAAGUGCCGCAUCCGCCUGGGCGGCCACAUGGAACAGUGGUGCCUCCUCAAGGAGCGGCUGGGAUUCUCCCUGCACUCGCAGCUCGCCAAGUUCCUGUUGGACCGGUACACUUCUUCAGGCUGUGUCCUCUGUGCAGGUCCAGAGCCUGUGCCUCGAAAGGGUCUGCAGUACCUGGUGCUCCUGUCUCAUACACACAGCCGGGAAUGCAGCCUAGUGCCUGGGCUCCGGGGGCCUGGAGGUGGUGAUGGGGAGCUUGUGUGGGAGUGCUCUGCAGGCCACACGUUCUCCUGGGAACCCUCAUUGAUUCCUACACCUUCAGAGGCACCUAAGCAGGCCCCUCUCACACACAUUGUGGAGAGAACCUGGUGCUCAGAGGCCAGGGGGAAGCAGGAAGCCGAAGGCUUGGAACGUGAGCAGCAAGAGAGGACCCAAGAAACCAGGCUGUCCAGGAGAAUAGAAUCUCCAUUGGAGACCGACCCACCCCUGGGAGAGGAGGAGGAGGAGGAGGAGGAAGAGGAAGAAGAAGAGGAAGAGCUGCUCAGUGAUGCCAGCCCAUGGACCUACAGCUCCUCCCCAGAUGAUGAACCAGAUGUCCCUAGGCCACCUCCAUCCCCGGUUACACACACACCUAAGGAGGGAGAGAUCCCACCAGUACCUGCAACCCUGCCCACUCCUUGUGCUGUUCUUGCCUCCUUGGGUUCUCCAGCUGCUCUGACAUCAGAUAAUGAGGUGCGGCUGGAACUCAGCAGGACCCCUCAGGUGCCUGCAGAGCUGCAAAUGACUGAGUCUCUGGACAGCCCUGGGAGUCAGGCCCAGUCUGCUUCGAAUCCAACUUGGGAUGAGGAUACUGCCCAGAUUGGGCUCAGGAGAAUUAGGAAAGCUGCCAAAAGAGAGCUGAUGCCCUGCGACUUCCCUGGCUGUGGAAGGAUCUUCUCCAACCGGCAGUAUUUGAAUCACCACAAGAAGUAUCAGCAUAUCCACCAGAAGUCGUUUUGCUGCCCUGAGCCAGCCUGUGGGAAGUCCUUCAACUUUAAAAAGCACCUGAAGGAGCAUGUGAAACUACACAGUGAUACCAGGGACUACAUCUGUGAAUUCUGUGCUCGAUCUUUCCGCACUAGCAGCAACCUUGUCAUCCACAGACGAAUCCACACAGGAGAGAAGCCCCUGCAGUGUGAGAUAUGUGGAUUUACUUGCCGCCAGAAGGCCUCCCUAAACUGGCAUCGACGCAAGCAUGCAGAGACUGCAGCUGCCCUGCGAUUCCCCUGUGAAUUCUGUGGCAAACGCUUCGAGAAGCCAGACAGUGUGGUAGCUCACUGUAGCAAAAGCCACCCAGCCCUGCUUCCAGCACAAGAGUCACCUAGCUCUUUGGGGUCUAGUCCCAGCAUUUCUGCCCCUGAACCCCUACAAUCCCCUGAGGGGGCUAGCUUCUCUACCUCUUCUGACUCUAAUCCUGCCCCCUCAACAUCCAUUUCUUUAUCUGGGGUGCCAGACCCCAGGAACACAGAGAAAAGUUAGGUGGUGGUUCCCAGGGACUAGGAUAUUUGAGUGCAGUGGAGGGUAGAGCACUAUUGGGCUCCAGAUACCAGGCUCUAUAGCCUUCAAGGGAAUAAUAAAUAGUAUUUUACACAA